AUGGUUCAAUAUCUCACUGGUUUCAGGACAAUAACUUUAUUGUUAUUAAGUUUUACAAGUCUUGUACUAGCUAAUAGAGAAACAAUUGAUGAAAAUAAAUAUGAAAUAUGUGCUGGUAUGUAUUCCAAAGAAGAUUGGGGCGGGAAAGUCGAUCCGUUCAUUUCUUUUAAUCUAAAAGAAAUCAAUGACGGUGGUGACGUAAUUGUUGCAAUUUACGAUUUCCAAGAUUUUGAACAUUUAGGUGUCGACUUAAGUGAUGGUGAACAUUACUAUUUAUGUGAUGAUUAUGCUAUUCGUUUAGGUUUAUGUACUGAGGACCAUGAAGGUGAAUUUAUUAUUACUGAUACAGUCUAUGAUCCAUAUAGUGGUAGUAAUAGAACAUUGGUUAAUCCAAUUAUGACCUUUUCUCAAAAUGAACUAGGUCUUCAUGAUACAAAAUAUCCAAUUAGUAAUACAGGUUACUAUUGUGUUAGCGCGUUCCAAAGUGAUUCAAACGUUAAAUUUAAAGCUACAAUUAAUUUUAGAAAUGCUUAUGGUCAUCUUGCAGGUUCUGAAGUUAAUAAUUUGCCAUUAUAUGGUUUAUUAGCAAUUUGUUAUGUUGUUGCCAUGGCAUUAUAUUCCUUUGCCUUCUGGAAACAUAAACAUGAAUUAUUACCAUUACAAAAAUAUUUAUUAGCAUUUUAUAUGUUUUUAACUAUUGAAACUAUAUUUGUUUGGGCUUAUUAUGAUUUAAAGAAUGAAAAGGGUAAUACUGCAGGUAUUAAAGUUUAUUCUGUCUUUUUAUCAAUUUUAUCUGCCGGUAAAGUAACAUUUUCAUUUUUCCUUUUAUUAAUUAUUGGUUUAGGUUAUGGUAUUGUUUAUCCAAAAUUGAAUAAAACUUUGAUGAGACGUUGUCAAUUCUAUACAGCUUUCAGUUUUUGUCUAUGUUGUGCAUUUUUAAUUCAAAGUUAUUUCCAAGAUCCGGAAAAUCCAUCUGCUUUAGUCUUUAUUUCGUUUGCUCCAACAGCUGUAUCAAUGUUCAUCUUUUAUUUUAUGAUUAUUAGAUCAAUGACUAAAACUCUAGGUUAUUUGAAAGAACAAAGACAAGUUGUGAAAUUGAAUAUGUACAAGAGGUUGCUAAUAAUAAUCUAUAUAUCAUUAGCAAUAAUGUUGAUAGGCUUUGUCAUUUCGUCCAUUAUUUUUGCUACUAUGAAUACUUUGGACAUGAUUGAACAAUAUUGGAGAUCAAGAUUUUUCUUCACAAACUUCUGGCCAACUUUGGUUUAUUUCGCAGUAUUCGUAAUAAUUUCAUUCAUUUGGAGACCAACUGAUACGUCUUAUAUGCUGGCUGUAUCUCAACAAUUACCAACAGAUCCAGAAAAUGUUGCCGAUUUUGAUCUAAGUGAUUUGCAAUCCCUUGGAGACAAUCUAGAUGACGAGUUUGAUGCUGACAACGAUAGAGACAAUCUAAGCAUCAUCACAGACGACGACGUUGCAUCGACACAAGGACACCAUGCCAAUGACGAUGACCAACUGCCGCAAUUGAGUCAAUCUAACAAAGAGCCAAAUCAUUUGGAUCUGACGAUAUCUGAAGAAAACCUCGAGGAUGACGAACAUGAUGACGAUCCGGCAAAUAAAAGAACUAUACUAUGA